ACUCUGAGACUAGACUCUGAGACUAGACUCUGAGACUAGACUCUGAGACUAGACUCUGAGACUAGACUCUGAGACUAGACUCUGAGACUAGACUCUGAGUCUAACAAUAAACUCUGAGAACUCGUUCGAAUGAGCUGUGACGAAAACCCCUCCUUAAUAAAACCGCGAUGUCGAGAGCAAAUAAAAGGGCAGAACCUCUAUUUUAAUCUCGUGGCCCAAGGAGCAUGACUGUGUACCAGUGUGGCUCAUGCUUUUAUCAAACAUCGGUGUUCAUGACUAGAUGAAGCUGGAAGCUGACAGUGCAGUGUAGUGGCAGCGACACAGCUGCUGAUUCCAGCAUGUUGUAUUUCAUGCUGUCAGCAGCUGUAAGUAGCAAUGACAACAGAAAGUCUGACUUUUGCUGCGCAGACUCUCCACCUAACUGUUGUUACCUGGUGCUAUGUACAUAAAGCAGUGAUGGCAAACAGCAUCUGCACAUCUGUUGAAGGUGAUCGCUCUAUUUAGAAGAGUGGACUUUAUUCCAUCCAUUAAAUAUUGGUUGAUAAAGUUUGCAAACACAGAGCACUUUCUUUAGUCUAACAUCAGAACAUCGGUCAUUAAUGGGACUCUCAAUAUGCCAAAUUCAUGUUUGAAUGUAUUAUUAACAUAAUGAACAUUAGUCAAUCCUGCACACAGAGAGUGUGCUACAUGUGGCACAGUAACAGUACCUUAGUUAUGUCUCAAGAACCAAGAAGGGAAAUCCCAGAACGUUGUCUGUGUUUGUGUGGAUGCUGCGCUUUGUUUGGGAGGAACGUUUCACGGCCCAUCCGGGUCAGGCUGCAGCUUUCCCACCGUGCACACAGCACAGCUGACACGAGCACCACUAGCUCCGUUUCAUAAACAUUAAUAUGCAAAUUGUCAUGAACAUUGAUCGCUGACCACGAGUGUGAUUCACAGAGUCGGGACUGGCAGCAUUCACGGCGCUGACUCUCGUCCCGUGGAUGGGCUGCAGCUUUCCUCAGGCCUGUUGGGAUAAUCGCCUCGAUCUCUUUGACGGUCCUUUUCUGGGCUCUGCUUUCCAAAGUCCAGAGUUCCAAUCAGAGGUCUUUAUGGCCCGGAUAAGGUGACCAGUCGAAAGGAAAAGUGGACAUAGAAGGCACGUUGUAGCGGGACAGUGGGUUUCAUCUUAUUUUAGCUGAUAUGAAGAAGACGCGUGUCCUGGUGUGAUGGGAGGAGCUGCGAGGGGCGGGCUGCUGCAGGAAGGCUAGGAUACCACAGCUGUGCAGCGGCUAGGAGUCCAUGUUGCUGCACGAUUACAAAAGCUAUAACAAACUGAGUAAUGUUGUUGUAAAAAACUUCCAGACUCUUCCGUUGAAGCACUUUAAAGGUUCCCCUUUGUUAGAAGGGAAAAACUGGAGUUGCGGUUUGAUUCCAUGCUCUCUGUAUCAGCGUCAUCGUGACAGUAUCGUGGACGAGUGGCCUUCUCAGACCUGUGCAGUGACUCUGACGUGUUGGCACUUUGUUGAAGCACAUCUUGUUGCCCAAGCUCGCACCUCCUCGUUGUGCUGACUACAUUUAUGUGUGUGCACUCCACAUUCAUAUUGAAUUGAUGGAAAUGUAAUAAGCUGUUGUGAAGAGAGGGCAUUACAUUUGGAUUAUUGGUAUUAUUAUUUUUGGAUGCAGAGCCUGACUGGAGAAGCUUUUUCCAGGUCCAGGCCUGAAGAUGAAUCUUUUAAUGUCAGACAUUCAUUGUCCACAUUUCAACACAUCACAGGACUGUAAAAAGAUGUAAAGUGAAACAUAUAUAUCAGAGUCGUGUUAGUGUGUGUUGGUGUCUGGGUGUAAUCGGCUGUAGCAGCUAAAACAAAUACUUUGCCUUCGAGUAUUCUUUCAUGACAUGUUUCAGUGUUGAUGUCAUUAAAUAUGUAGGAGGUUUGCAGUGAACCUCGCCAUGCUGUGCUCAUCAUUUCUGCUGUGUGCUGUCACUUUGUCAUUUGUAUGUUCCAGAGCUGUCACUUCAGAGGUGGCUACACUGACUUGACCCGAACCACCGUUUACCUGCACAUCCUCUCUGUGGAGACUUUCUGUUUUAUGUACGAGACGACAGCAGUUAGAUCUUUGUGCGUGUCUCAGUGUUCCACAAUUGUAAUGAUUACAUUUGCAUACACAUCCAGUUAUCGUUAUUUUUUUAUAAUUUAAUAGAUAAAAACAUGACAGCAGAAGGUGUUGUGCUUAGCAGUAGGUGUGGCUGUAGCUCAGGAGGCAGAGAUCACUUACUAACAGGAAGGUUGCUGCUGUAUCUUUAUGCGUGGCUGGACAAGUUGGUUUUAAAACUAUCAGCACAGCCAGAUGAAACGAACUUGUGUCACACAGUACACUCAUAACUGAGAUUAUAAAAGAUAUUGAGAUAUUGUUAUCCAGCCACAGUCUGAUGUUUCUCUGUUAUUUUAGCCGCUGUUACAGAAUUGGACAAAUUCAGAGUCGUAGCUAAAUCAGGUGAUCUGGUGACAAACAUCCAUCUGAACAAGUUGGAGCUUUAGUGCCACCGAGCUACGAGCAGCAUUACAUCCUCCGGAACAGAGGGUGGCGCUGUUACGGCAAACUGGCUGUGAGCCACCGUCAAACAGGAGAUGCACUUUAGCGGUGAGGUGCUAGUGUUUACCUGCUAGCUGUGCUGCAAUGGUGUGAACGACCUCCAGUAGUUUCUUAGUCCUACUCGAGCAGUGAAAGAGCAAAGACAGAGCAGCCAGCCAGCGGCGAACAGCCAUGUCCAACCGCCUGGCCUUCCAGACCCAGCUGGCCUCCAUCAUGGAGGUCCUAGCAAACGCAGCGGUGGCGGAAAUCUGUAAGCUGGUUGACGACGACUACGCGGUGGUGAGGUUGCAGAUGUCUCAGUGCCAGAGAGAGAACAAGGCCCUGAAGAGGAAACUACACCUGCUGGAGCUGAAGAUGGCCCGGGGAAAUGCCGAGAGGAGGCUCCGGGAGAGUGCCCUGAACAGCAGCCGGCCGAGGGUGCAGAUAAACGGCAGCGACAGGCCCCGAGAGCCCUCCACCCCCGCCGGUGACGUGUUUGACCAGCAGAGGGAGGUGCUUCUGUGGCCCAGCGGAGACGCAACCGGUGAACUGAUCCUGUCUGAAAGCAUGCACAGUAAGUCUCCAGAUGUGGAGCUGGUGGAGCCGGAGGCAGUGCUGGUGAAAGAGGAGAAGGUGCAGGCAGCCACGUCUCGAGAUGAAGCGGAGCAGAGUACGUCACUUAUAGGAGAUGAUGGGCUGAUGGAGUGUGUCCCUCAUGGAGCUGAAGGUCAGAUGCCUGGCCCCGAGGACCAGGACGCCCAGUCCGUGUCUACUCGAUCCCAGUCGCAGAGCCAGGCGUGCAGGACGAAGCUUACCGGCAGCAGAGGAGUGGAGGUUGCAGUACCUCAAAGGACCCCUGCAGAAUCAGAAGAUAUCAGCAGCAUUGUGGCGGCCCAGCUGAGGGUACCAGACACCAACAUGCCAGCCAACCCAACCAAGCAGCAGCAGCAGCGAUGCAGCAACAACCCCACGAGCUGUGACUACUCUCUCUUUGAACUGGAAACCUUCUUCACCCGCUGGGCCCCUGAUAAUGACCCUGUGUCAGCUCCUGGUGGCUCUUCAUGUGCAUUUGUUCCUAACAAGUCAACUGAACGUGACCAGGAUAGAGUUGUUAUCAUAGACACUCGUCGACAGCCUUGGCAAGUGCUCGAUCCCCCACAGACCUCGACGUCCUCGGCGUUGAAGCCGAGCGGAGGGCAGAGUUUCUCCUCUGCAGGCCGGCCGUCUGCAUCACAGGGGACUUCUGCACCCACGUCUUUGAGAAUGCAGGAUCCAGGAUCUUCCCAGCCUUCCUGGAGGAGAACACCAGCACAGGCUCAAGUGCAGCAGCUUCAAAAUGGCAACACUUACUCUCAACAGGAAAGCACCGUCCCUCCCUCACGAAUCACACCGUCCUCCAGCACAGGUGCUGUCAGUAAAACAAGUAAAACCAAGACAGCUGGGGCUCCACAGUCCUCUCUAUCAGUCCGGGGAGCUGUAGCACCGCUGGCCAGCACUGAGGUGGCCAUCGCCCCACAGCAUCGGACAACUCUCCUCACUAACCUUAAUAAAAAUCGUGCUGCAUGCACUUUGCCCACAGAGCGCCGCAGGAAGAGUUACGUAUGUGGAGCCUGCGGAAAAGCUUUCUCUGGCCUGUCCAAUCUAGAGGUCCACAAGAGAGUGCACACAGGCGAGAAGCCUUUCCGCUGUGACACUUGUGGGAAGCACUUCUCUGAGGCUGGAAACCUGAAAAAGCACCAAAGGGUUCACACGGGGGAGAAACCCUUCAGCUGCAACCAGUGUGGGAAGAGGUUUGCUUGGAUCUGCAACUUGAGGACACACCAGCAGUCUGCCACAGGCUGCGGAGCACAAGCCGGGGCAGGGCUGUAACUGCUGAUGCUGUUAUUAUUGAUUCAAAGGGUAGUAUAACUCUGCCCAGUGACAGUUUUUUGUGUCCCUGGUUAUAGUUGACCCAGUUUAGCUCUUUCUCUGUGUUCCUGUGGGCGUUUUGAAACUUUUCCUUUGUCUCCUGGGUCCUCAGAGAGCCUCUCCAUGGAUGCAUGGCACAACCUAAAGAGAGUGCCAGCUCUCCAGGACGUAUACACUUAAAGAAAAGAAGAGAAACUGGAAGAGCUUCACUGAACAGAGGGGGUGGCUCACGACAACAGCUAUCAGUGGCCUAAAAUGCAGGGAUUUCAACCCCCAGUCAUACCCUGGCUCCUGUGACUGUAAUAAUGCCUUGGCUCAUGUCCAUUAAUGACCCACAUGAUUACAGUAAAAGGCUCUCAGGACCACCCCUGAGGUGAUAACCUACAUCUUUAACAUCAUCUUUACCAACCAAAGAUUUCCACUUUCGCUAAAUAUUGUAUUUUUGUGCCUGUAUAUAAACAUGUGACCCUGUGAGUGUUACAAGAAAUCCAAACUAAACUCAAACUCUCGUUUUUCACUCACUAAAGGUGUAUGCUGGACAAUUAUUUCACCUCAAAAAAGAAAAGUACGCAGAGUCGAUUACAUGACAUUCAUCACCAUGAUGAGUAGUUGGAAACGUUUGACCACGAUGUGUAUUUGACCACAGUGGGAACACAAUCAGACUGAAUUAAAGAGCAUAUAAAGUCUCCUGUGACCAACCUCAUCAGAUCUAAUGUGGUGCUUUCAGCUCUUUUCAUUCUUUCCUGUGUGAUAGUUGCCCUCUCUCUCUCUUAUUCUGUGGUGAAAUCUUCCACUUUCACAGAGUUAAUAAAUAAAUUGGAUGUGUAGGCAGAAUUCAUCUAGAGGGGUGCCGCGUUAAACUCUUCAUCCACGGAAGCCUGAAGUCUGUGCUACAGCUGACCUGUAGGCUGUAAAGAAGAACACAAAACAAUAUUUAUCAGUGCUAGGACCAAUUCUGUUUACAUUAUACAUGCUUCCCUUAGGCAGCAUCAU